AUGAACGGCUCGCCAUCCUUGCAGGUGCACCUCGAGGCGAUGCAUGCGCACUCCUCUCCCGCUUGGCAAACGCUUGAUGCGUUUGUCGAGCUGCAGAAGAGCGUGUCUUCGGGCGGCCAGAUCCACCCAUCGCACGCGCCACUGAGCUCGCGCCCCGGUGCGGCCAAGGUCGAGUGA